GGGUCAUGCUCAUGUUCAUGGCCUCUGACAGCGAAGAAGAAGUGUGUGAUGAGAGGACCUCCCUGAUGUCAUCUGAGAGCCCCAUGCCACGCACCCACCAGGAGGACAGGCAAAGUCCAGAGGAUGGAGACAAUACUACCCAGUGGAGAAGCCAGGAGACCGAGGCGGACUGUGAGGAGGAUCCUGAUCGCUACGUCUCUAGCGGAGUGCCUGGGCGACACCCAGGCCUGGAGGAAGAGCUGACCCUCAAAUAUGGGGCCAAACACGUGAUCAUGCUGUUUGUGCCUGUCACACUGUGCAUGGUGGUGGUGGUGGCUACCAUCAAGUCAGUGAGCUUCUACACAGAGAAGAAUGGACAGCUCAUAUAUACGCCAUUCACUGAGGACACGCCCUCAGUAGGCCAGCGCCUCCUCAACUCUGUGCUCAACACACUCAUCAUGAUCAGUGUCAUCGUGGUCAUGACCAUCUUCCUGGUUGUGCUCUACAAGUACCGCUGCUACAAGUUUAUCCAUGGAUGGCUGAUCAUGUCCUCCCUGAUGUUGCUGUUCCUCUUCACCUACAUCUACCUCGGGGAAGUACUCAAGACCUACAACGUGGCCAUGGACUACCCCACCCUCUUCCUGACCAUCUGGAACUUCGGGGCAGUAGGCAUGGUGUGCAUCCACUGGAAGGGCCCCCUCUUGCUGCAACAGGCCUACCUCAUCAUGAUCAGCGCGCUCAUGGCCUUGGUGUUCAUCAAGUACCUCCCGGAGUGGUCCGCCUGGGUCAUCUUGGGUGCCAUCUCUGUGUACGAUCUUGUGGCUGUGCUGUGCCCGAAAGGGCCACUGCGGAUGCUGGUGGAGACUGCCCAGGAGAGAAACGAACCCAUUUUCCCUGCUCUGAUAUACUCUUCUGCCAUGGUGUGGACAGUGAGCAUGGCCAAGCCAGAACCCUCCUCUCAAGGAGCCCUCCAGCUCCCCUAUGAUCCAGAAAUGGAGGAAGACUCCUAUGACAGUUUUGGGGAACCCUCAUACCCAGAAGUAUUUGAACCGCCUCUGCCUGGCUACCUAGGGGAAGAGCUGGAGGAAGAGGAGGAAAGGGGUGUGAAACUCGGCCUUGGGGACUUCAUCUUCUACAGCGUACUGGUCGGCAAGGCAGCAGCCACAGGCAGUGGAGACUGGAACACCACGCUGGCCUGCUUUGUGGCCAUCCUUAUUGGUUUGUGUCUGACCCUCCUGCUGCUAGCUGUGUUCAAGAAAGCACUGCCUGCCCUCCCCAUCUCCAUCACGUUUGGCCUCAUCUUCUACUUCUCCACAGACAACCUGGUCCGUCCUUUCAUGGAUACCUUGGCCUCCCAUCAGCUCUACAUCUGA